AUGGCUCCUAAACACUUGGAUGAGGUAGUCGUGCCUCGUCAAAAUCCUGCCUACAAUGAGCAGACUGGCGAGCUCGUGUUGCCGCAAAAGACGUGGUGGAGAGACCCAGGGCUUCGACGAUUGUAUUUUAUGGCGCCCAUCCUCUUCCUGGGCUCUACCAUCAACGGAUAUGAUGGUAGUCUCCUGAAUGGGUUGCAGACAAUGGAUACAUGGCAAGCAUACUUUGAUUAUCCAUCGGGAUCUCGUCUCGGGUUAUUCACUGCAAUCAUGAAUAUUGGCGCCAUCUCUGCUCUUUUGUUCUCAUGGGUCAUAUCCGAUACCCUUGGACGCAGAAUCGGCGUUGCGGUAGGCAAUUUGAUAGUUUUAGUUGGUACUAUCAUUCAAGUCGUCCCCGAAGUAAAUUCAGGAAUGUUCAUUGGAGGUCGUUUCUUGGUUGGCUUAGGGUCCAAUCUAGCUCAAGGAUCCGCUCCUCUCCUUCUGGUCGAGCUGGCGUACCCUCAGCAUCGCGGGAAGUUGACAACAAUGUACAACACACUUUGGUUUGUCGGAUCAAUUGUUGCUGCAUGGACUGUGUUCGGUACGCAAAGAUAUACAAGCGACGCAUCAUGGAGAAUUCCGGUAGCAGUUCAAGCGGCCAUGCCGGUAAUUCAACUUGCACUCAUCUUUUGUCUGCCCGAAAGCCCUCGUUGGCUCUGUUCGAAGGAUCGACUUGAUGAAGCGUUCGCAGUGCUUGUGAAAUACCACGCCAAUGGGGAUAACAGUAAUGAAUAUGUUCGAGCCGAGUUCCAGGAAAUAAGGGAAACGAUAAAGCUGGAAAGGAUGCAUUCAAGAAAUGGAUGGCUCGUCUUUCUUCAGAAACCCGGAAACCGGAAGAGACUGCUCUUGAUUGCACUGACAUCUUUUUUCUCCCAAUGCUCCGGCAAUGGCCUUGUAUCCUAUUAUAUUCACGAUAUUCUCACUUCGGUCGGGGUUAAGAGUUCGCGUGAUCAGUCGAUCAUUAAUGGUGGCCUCCAAAUUUGGUCCUUCUUGGUGGCAAUUUUGAUGUCCUUGUUGGUGGACAAAGUUGGAAGGCGCAAGCUAUUCUUGAUCGCUGGUGUUGGCAUGCUUGUCAGUUUCAGUAUAUGGACAGGUUGUUCUGCGGUCUAUGCUCAAACAGGGAAUAAGGGGGCAGGAGGUGCAGUCAUUGCGAUGAUAUUCCUGUUUUAUUUUGUGGCUGGCUUUGCCUGGCCUGGGUUGACCGUUGCAUAUACUUCUGAGAUCCUUCCUUUUAGCAUUCGAGCGAAAGGACUAUCCCUCGGAUUUGCACUUACUGCUUCUUCGAGUGUGUUUAACCAAUACGUAAACCCCAUCGGUCUGCAGCAUCUUGCUUGGAGAUUUUAUUUUGUAUAUAUCGCCAUCCUUGUCGUGGAAUGUUUGUGUAUCUAUUUCCUCUUCGUCGAGACAAAAGGCCCCACUCUUGAAGAGAUUGCUCGACUUUUUGACGGCGAAGAUGCGGAUGUGGCCGGAAAGGAGGCUGUUGACGAGAAAAUGCAAAACAAGGCGGAAUCGCUGCAUCUCGAGGUCGUGUAG